CAGGUGAAGAAAAAAAAUUGCUUUCCAAGCGUGCGUCUGGCGUUUAUUUACGGUUCCGAAAAUCCGACUAAAACCGUGUUUGUUCCGACGGAAGUGGUACAAAUCCCCUCGCUCAAGACACCCCGAACCGUUCCGAGAUGGAUACCAGCGGAGACCGGAUAGAGAAGCUGUACAAAAACUACGAAAUUUUGACCGACGCAAAGGACAAAAUUGAGAGGUGACAUGAGCUCGAAUAUCGCGAAAUUCUGGAUGCCGCCGGAGGUUCGGCCAAGGAGAAACGGCUGGCCUCCCAGUUUAUCGGAAAGUUCUUCAAGCACUUUCCGUCGCUAGCCGAGACGGCCAUCGACCGGCAGCUGGACCUUUGCGAAGAUGAGGAUGCUCAGAUUCGCAAGCAAGCGAUCAAGGAUCUUCCCCAGCUGUGCAAGGACUCGAAGGAACACACGCCCAAGAUCGGCGACAUUCUGGCCCAGCUGUUGGUCACCGAGGACGUCACCGAACUGCAGCAGGUGCACCAGUCGCUCAUGACGCUGGCGAAGUUCGAUUCCAUCGGAACUCUGACCGGAAUCUUCAGCCAGAUCAUCUCCGGAGACGAACCGACGCGCUACCGGAACUUUCAGUUCAUUUUGAGCAAAUUUAUCAAGACGGGACCGGAAGUGUUUACGAAGGAAGUUGAGGAUUUCACAAUCGGUGAAAUUAAGAAGAUUCUUCUGGAUGUCAGCGCCGACGAGUUCCACCUUUGUAUGUCGAUUCUGAACCAAACGAAGCUCAGCAAAACGGUCACCGGACACGCCGAGUUGGUCGCCAUUGCCGUCGAGCAAGCCGAUUUGGAGGCGGAUCUUGGUGCACUCGCCUCGGACGACGAAACCGUCGAACGGUUUAUUCAAUGCUCGAGCGAGGCCAUGCCGUACUUUUCCUCCCAGGUCGAGUCGACGCUCUUCAUCAAGUUCAUGUGCGAGAAGCUGCUGCCGCUGAACGUGUGGAGUCUGAUCGGCGCCGGCGAGGAGCAGCCCGGAACGACCCAGCUGCGGCUGCUCAAGGUGUUUGCCGAGAUGUGCGGCUUCUGCGGGACGCUCGAGAAGCCGGCCGAAAAGGUCGAGGCAAUCUACAAUGUGCUGCUGGAGUACAUGCCCCUUCCGCCGGCGGACGCCGACAUGAACGAGACGCCGUCGUUCCAGUUUUCCCACGCCGAGUGUCUGCUGUACACGCUGCACACCCUGGGCAAGCAGGCCCCGGACCUGCUGACCUUCCCCGAGGACGCCGCCAAGCUGAAGGACUUCCGCUCGCGGCUGCAGUAUCUGGCGCGGGGAACGCAAGGCUACAUCAAGAAGCUGCAGGAAGCGGUCAAGGGCAAAACUACCGAGGAGAUGAAAUCCGACGAGAACCAGAUUAAGGUGACGGCCCUGCGCACCACGUCCAACAUUAGCACGCUGAUUCGGGAUCUGUUCCACACGCCGCCUAGCUUCAAGUCGGCCAUCCACCUGUCCUGGGUCGUUCCCAAGGCCAAGGUGGCGGGUGCCGCCGGGCAGGACGGCAAAACGACCUCCAAGCGGCAUGCGGCCAUCACGUUCGACGCGAACGGCAAAUCUUCGGCGGACAGCAAGGGCCCCAAGCAGUCCAAGAGUGGGCCGACGAUGUACACGCCGCCUUCCGGCAAGUACUCGGCCAAGAUGCGAAAUGGUGGUGGCGGAAAUGGGGAUGGGAAGCGGCGUUCCGGUGGAGGUGGUGGAGGACGGGAUGGUGGUUUCCGACGAUCCGGUGGCGGUGGAGGAGGAGGCGGAUUCCGACGAUCGGGAGAUGGCGGCGGCCGAAGGAGAUACUAGAGUGUUCGGGUGAGCUUUCGCGAGCGAGGAACUGCGAUGAGAGUACGAAUUUUCUUCCCUGUCGAGCUUUGAUUUGUGAAUUAUUUUCCCCACUAACAAUAAGUUGACUUUUUGGGUUAUUUUUUGGAGAGGUGAGUUCUUGGCGUUGGGACGACGACGAGUGUAUCAUUUUAGUUGAUAUCUUAACGGAAGGUUUUAGGCAGCAAAUAUUUCAGCGAAUCUUCAAAGGAUGCCACGUGGAGCAGCUGUUCAGCAAACUGAAUUUCCUACCUAAUAUCACUCUCUAUUACAGGUCAACAAACUCUUAAUCUUACUAACCCUAGCCUUUACGUUCAACUCCUUUCCAUCAAUCCCUUACAAUUAGCCACUCGAAGCUAACCGAAAAAAAUACAAAACCCAUGUUGAAUUGAAUCGAUCUCCAUCAAUGUCCAAUUUCAAAAAUUCGUACUCUUGUCGGGGCCACUCGAUCGCGCACCGCGCAAUUUCACAAGAAAUGAAAGAAAAUCACAAAUCUACGUGGGAUCGCUCGACCGACGUGGGACAAACCGCAAAGCAAGCAAAAAGAUAACAAUAUUACAUAAACAUUUACCUAAGAUUUACGAAAAAGAACAAAAAAACUUUCUUCCGCCGCAAUUUGAUGGGGAGAAAGUGAAUUCACAAAUUUAAAAUGCAAGUAUUUAAAAAGAAGGCGAGCACGAAUUUCAAAGUGUGUUUGUUUUGUUGAAUAGAGCGCGCAAAAUAGUGUGCAAAUUUGUGUGAGUGUGCGAAGCUGACCGAUGAUCGCAUGAUUGGCGUUUGCGCCCCACAAGGGGAAGAAGAAGCGAUCAGUGAAAACGGUUUUGCAAUUUUAUCUUACCCAAA